CACACAUUGAGACCCUUAUACCGGUAACAAAACAUCCCCGGGUAAUGUCACCUCUCGAGGAUAGCCUUUCAUAGAACCCUUUGUCCGGAAAUUUCGGAAUUUCCCAUGGUAGGCUAUUUCCACACCGGGUCUUGUGCCUUGGUAUUUUGGAGGUUUUGACAUUUUUAACCAUUUUGUUUCAUGUGUCUCACAAGUAUAAGGUGUUUUGCGUUGAUAUCAUUAUUCCCCAGGGACUGGACCGUCUGUGUUGAACUUAGGAAACUGUGUUUUAAGAAGCAUAUCAAGCAAUCAGGAUGGGUGACAUGGUGCUAGCAGGGAGAACACAGGCCGCAGUGGUGUCAGAUGGACAAAAUCAGGCAUAUGCUAUUCGAAAAGAACAGGCCGUAGUGACUGAGAUAGCUCCGGGUCAGUAUGGUAUAGUCACCCAACAGCAAACUGUCUACAUCAGCGCCUCCCAGCAAAACCUCCCAGCUCUGCAGUACCAGCCGGCUGGGAAUGCCCCAGUAAUAGUGCAGGUAGAGAGAGAUGAUGAUGAGGAUAAGUGUAUAUGCUGUGAAUCGUGUUGUACUUGUUCCGGGACAUGGUAUUCUUUCCAUGGGAAAGGUUUCUUUCCGGUAUGCAUGAUGGUCGUGUUCUACAUCAUUUUCGGUGUCUUAGUUCUGGCACUGUAUUGCUGUUGGUGCAUCUUGUGCGCGGUUUGCAAGUCCUCCGAUGACUAACGUCACUCCAUGCGCCAUGGAUACAGCUUGCUGGAAUACUGAGUGCAUCCAUUCCAACCUUAACGCUGAACAACCUGUCUUCCAAUAUGACUGAUAAAAAAGUAAAUUAUGACGCCUUUUUUCUAAUCAACUAUAUUAUUUUAUAGAUAUAUUAUAAAUAAAAUAAUAAGUAGUUAUGGAUUAAUGAUUUAUAGCGAAUAAUUAUAUAUAUAUGGAUAUUUAUAUCCAUAAAAAAGGAUGUCAUUUUUUGAAACAAUAAUGAUCAUCACGAUGAGAUCCUGAACGUAUGACAUGAUUAACCCACAUCAGAGGUUUUGUACAGAAAGUUAUUUUUUCUAGUCAAGUAUAUUAUUUAGAAUUGUCAUUUUGCUAACCAGAAAUUUCAUUGGCACGGUGAUUUGAUAUUACUUGAUUGAAAAUUAAGGUGAGGUCAAGUCAGUAAUCGUUUAGAAAUAGCUAAUUCUUUUUACCUUGCAAAAAUUGUAAUGGAUGGCACGUUCAUUUAGUUUGCACCAUUCUAGGUUAGAUUUCCAAUGCCAUUAACAGUCAACGUGAUACAUCUUUGUAAAAGCAGAGAUUAGACUUUAUCUUUCUGGGUCAAUUUUUUGCUUAAAGCUUUAACCUUGUCUACCAUAGGCGUAGGCGGUGGUGGUGGGAGAGGGGGAUUUUAGCUCCCCCAUUAUUUUAAAUUACGACAGUCUUAAACGCAGUAAGCAGGGGAUGGAGGGGGGGCGAGACCCCAGUCAACCUAUGUCAAACUCUAGGUACAAAGUUUUGGCGCCUUUUUUUCUUGUGAAUUCAAAAUUUGCAUUCAGAAUGUAAACUGAUAAUGCGGCCCCCUGGAGUGCGACGAACAACAUUAUGUACUGACAGCUGUAAAAAUGAUAGGCAAAGUGUCUUAUUUCACUUUCUAUUUACAUAAAUAUUGAAAAAUUGUACGAUCGAGUAAAUAAUCAAGUAUUAUUAAAGUAAAAGUGUGAUAAGCA